CGGAUGCCCUACAGCCGGGAGAGCCAAGGACCCGGAGUGCUGCCAGUGUGGCUUCUUCUGGGAACUUUUCCACAGGUUUGCUUGGAGACCACUGAGGAUGUGUGACCCCAACCAAGGCCCACCACAACCGUACCUUGCCGUAUGCCCUCCUGCCCCUUCAGGAUACCCUGGUCCUGGCAUGGGUGGUGGCAUUGCAGUUUGCCCUGCUGCCCCUCCAGGACACCCCGGUCCUGGCACAGGUCCCUGCUCUGGCAGUGUGCCAGUCUGCUCCCCACACCCUGCUCCGCCUGGCCAGCACCCCCACGGGCACCCCCCGUUGGGGCAUCACCCCCACGGGCACCCCCCGUUGGGGCAUCACCCCCACGGGCACCAGGAGCACCAUGAGAAGCACCAUGAGAAGCACCAUAAGAAGCACCAUGAGAAGCACCAUAAGAAGAAGCACUGCAAGCACCAUGAAGGCAAGCCCUCUGGUGGUCCGUGCAGCUCAAGCAGCAGCUCAAGCAGCAGCUCUGACUCUGACUAAAGGUCUGGCAUGUCCCACCUGCUCCGUGGUGAUCAGCAUAACAUGAGGCCAAACUCCUCUUGGGAACGCCUUGCGUGUCACUCCCCUCCCUCCCCCUUUCCCUUGGAACAAUGUUUUGCCUGCUGAUUUUUCUUGUGUGUAAGAGCUUGUAAAUCCUUUGACCUGGAAUCUCCGAGUCAAUGAACAACACUUCCACCCUCUAUCUUUUGGGAGAGCCUGCUGGAAGUCAUCACCUGCUGUUUUCCAA